AUGUCUGCCUCCUCUUCCAAAAGGAAGAGCAAGGGGCGCCUGGCCGCGGGUGGCGGCUCCCCGCGGGAUGCUCCCCUCGGAGCUGCUGAGGGCGGGCCGCUGGCGCUGCGGGUCGCCGACGCCGUGGAGGCAGGAGAUGACAAAGUCCCGAAGAUGCUGCGCAGAACCCUGGCGCAGCUGUCGCUGAGCAGCAUGAAGUCCGCGGAGCUCUGCAUAGGGCGGCCGGCCCUGCUCACCUCAGCUGAUGGGCGACAGGAGGUCUGUACUGCUUGGCCCACUGCAGGCUUUCCAGGUGGGAAGAUUGGGCUGAAUGAAACCACACAGAAGAACCUGAAAGUAAAUCCAGGUGAUGGUGUCACUGUGCAGCCUGUGACUGGUGCAGUCAUCCAGGCAGAGGAAGUCGAUGUAAAGUUGAGGGACAAAGAUGCCACCGUUAAUGCCGAGGAAAUGUCUGUGUGUCUGCUGAGAAACCUUGAUGGGAAAAUAGUUCUACCAGGAAACCUCUUGGCUUUCACUUUCUAUGGCAAACUGUGCAACAUCGUGGUGAUGAGAGUGAGAGGAACUGAUGGUGCAGAGCUGAGUGCCCAGGGCAGCGCCAUUCCCAGUGACCCAGACCUUGAGAGAUCUGAUUUGGAGACAAGUGCCUUAGAUUUGUCCCUACAGCUCGGCAGGAUGGACAUUGGUGAUAGUCCAGGGGUUGCAUCUUUGAGCACACCAAGCAAACCAAUGGAUCCAGGCUCACCAGUUACACCCAGUUCUGUGACAGCCAGUGGUCCAGACUCUGGUCAGGGAGAGAAAACCUACAGCAAGGGAGAUGGUGCAGACCUCGCCGAGGAUUCGGAGUUGGCUGGGAAAAGCAGCAGUGAGGGACUCCCAGUAACGGGCAAAACCGGAGCAAUAAGCAAUACAGACUCUUUUUAUUUCAUUUCUUCAAGAACUAGGAUCAAUUUUGUAGAACCCAGGACCAGUGUAGCAGAAGAUGGCGAUUGUGAGUCCCAAGUCACCUAUGACAUGAUAGGAGGUUUGAGCAGCCAGCUCAGAACUAUUAGAGAAACAGUUGAACUGCCCUUGAAGCAACCUGAACUGUUCAAGAGUUACGGAAUCCCUCCUCCUCGAGGAGUGCUGUUAUAUGGCCCUCCAGGUACCGGGAAGACUCUGAUUGCCAAAGCCAUCGCAAACGAGGUUGGCGCUCACGUUACUGUUAUUAAUGGGCCUGAAAUAAUAAGCAAGUUUUAUGGGGAGUCUGAAUCGAGGUUACGUCAGAUCUUCGCUGAAGCCUCUCUGCGUCGCCCCUCAAUUAUAUUUAUAGAUGAGUUGGAUGCACUCUGUCCAAAGAGAGAAGGGGCUCAGAAUGAAGUGGAAAAGAGAGUUGUUGCUUCAUUGCUGACGUUAAUGGAUGGCAUUGGCUCAGAAGGCAGUGAAGGGCAGCUCUUGGUGCUCGGGGCCACCAAUCGCCCCCACGCUCUGGAUGCGGCUCUGCGCAGACCCGGGCGCUUCGACAAAGAGAUAGAAAUCGGAAUUCCCAAUGCCCAGGACCGCCUGGACAUACUCCAGAAGCUUCUCAGGAAAGUUCCCCAUUCGCUCACAGAGGUGGAGUUGGUGCAGCUGGCUGACAGUGCACAUGGUUAUGUGGGUGCAGACUUAGCAGCCUUGUGCAAGGAAGCAGGUUUGCACGCCUUGCGGAGAACGCUGGGGAAGAGCCCUAACCUGUUAGACACCGAGGUGGCUGGGUCAGUGAUGAUUGCUUUCAAUGACUUCCUGCAGGGGAUGAAUGAUGUCAGGCCCAGUGCCAUGAGGGAGGUGGCAAUUGAUGUGCCAAAAGUCUCUUGGUCAGACAUAGGAGGACUAGAAGACGUGAAGCUGAAAUUGAAGCAGGCAGUUGAGUGGCCUCUCAAACAUCCCGAGUCCUUCAUCCGCAUGGGGAUCCAGCCUCCAAAAGGUGUGCUCCUCUAUGGACCUCCUGGAUGCUCAAAAACCAUGAUAGCCAAAGCUUUGGCCCACGAAAGUGGUCUCAACUUCUUGGCAGUUAAGGGGCCUGAGUUGAUGAAUAAAUACGUUGGUGAGUCUGAACGAGCAGUGAGAGAGAUCUUCAGGAAAGCCAGAGCGGUGUCUCCUUCAAUUCUUUUCUUUGAUGAGAUAGAUGCCUUGGCAGUGGAAAGGGGAAACUCCUCAGGUGCUGGCAAUGUAGCAGACCGUGUCUUGGCUCAGUUGCUGACGGAAAUGGAUGGGAUAGAACAGCUGAAGGACGUGACAAUUUUGGCAGCUACAAACAGACCGGACAUGAUAGACAAGGAAGCCACAAAGGGAAAAUUGUAGCUUUGGCAAGGAAUCUUCUCCAUGGCUGGAGUGCUUUGCCAUGGAAAAGCAGAUCUGCACAAUGUGUCAGUGUUAAAAGAAAGUGAAAACUUCAUCAUAAACAAUGCAAGUACACAUUUUCUUGUAUACCUCUUAGCCCUCUGUAAAGUCACUUGCAGAAAAUCGGGGGGCCGGGGGGAACCCAGAGAGUAAAGUUUUCCCCAGACUUUGUGUCCAAGUUUUGUCUGUAGUGGUUGUGGAACUGCAAAGUUCUUAUGAUGGCCAAAACUGAUAAUGCACAAUGGAGAUCAGGUCAGAACUAAUUAGAUUUUAUUAUCAAAAGUCAUUUGCUAAUGCUUACUGACCAUCUGGUUAGUUCUGAAAUUUUUUUGGGGGUCUCUAGAGAAGGAGAAAAAGAUUAGAGAUAAUGGUAAUAGGGACUUGUUUUACAUGAACAUUAAAAUUAAUGGAAAAUAUUUAUCCUCUCUUAAGGGGUUGAAAGGUCUCUGAUAAUGUUUAUAUCUAUUAUAUAUUUGUUUAGGAUGCACAAAAUUUAGACUAGGCUGUAUCACUGGUUCUGUUCUCUUUACCUUUUAAUUAGUUUUUACCAUAUUAUGUAGGCACACCACUGCUCUCCAGGAUGCCUGAAGUGGAUUCUUACAUUCCAAAAUACAUAGAAAAAAGUAAACCAACAGGAGGAUAAUUUUUUCUCCUUCAGAUUUAAUCUUCUAGUUGUAGCUUAACAUAUAUGCCAGUUAAAAUCUCUGAUAAAAAUACUGCAAAAAAAAAUCUUGUGUCUUUCAUAAUCUCAAUUUCACUUCAGUUUUCAUCAGAUCUGUAAAUGACACCCCAAAGAUAUCGUGUGUUUAAUCCUGAAGUCGUCUUCGUCCUGUUUUAUAGUCUGAGAGGAAAAAAAAUGUGGGGAAUUUCCUUUUAAGAUACCCUUGUUUCCUGCUUUCUCUUUAAUCUCCAUACAAGAUAUGCUUCUCAGAGAAAUGUCAGCUGGCAAUUACCAGCAGCAGCAAUGUUGGUGCGUGCAGGCCCUGAACUGAAAAGAUAUUCAAUCAUUGCACUUUUGUGCAAGGUAAGGCAAAUUACACAGAAACUUGAAUUAACAGAAAUUUUAGUAACUUGGCAGUAAAUCUCCCCUGUGCUCCAGUUUUGAUUUGCCUGCCUGAAAUCCUGCUCGUGUCUGGUCUGCUGACAAUGUUUGCCCAGUUGUGACGGUGCUGAUGUAGCUGAGUGUCCCCAGGAGCUGUAUUUCUCUAGCUAAGCUGGCAGAAGACUCUGGUACAGAUUUUCUGCUGAUGUAGCUGUACCUUUUCCCUGAAUUAUGUGAGCCAAGCAAAGCCAAAAAAAGAAACCUCAAUUCUUUCUAAUUCUUUGACUGGUGUAGUAUCAAAACCUAUGUACCACUAAAGAAAUAAUGUCCAACAUUAACCGCUCUUAAAUAUUUUGGGCUCACUCUUUGUUCUGGGCUGACCUGUCUCUUUAAGUUUUCAUAACAAUGUUGCAGAUGAUUCUGAGGUUUUAAAAAAAAAAAAAAAAAAAAAAGAAUAAUUUGUGUAGAUUAAAUCAAGCCUCUGAAAAACUCCAGGCUCUUCAUCUUUGGAGCAUUGGUGAUGAUCCAAACAGGAGGAUUGCUUUCCCUGGAAGGAUUCACCUAGAUCUGGCCAUGGAAGAUAUAUUUGCUCAGCAAAUUUAAUCAGCUUAUCACAAAAUUCUGCAAGCAUCUUCUCUGUGUUUUGGGUAGUCUGUUGUGUGUUAACUGCAGUCUCAUUUCCCAUGAUGUUUGCAAAGCGCAAGCUGGACUUUGGGCUUGGGGAGAGGGAGGAGGUAAGAAUUCUGAGGUCCCUUCACUGUCCUUUGUGGCAAAGAAAAGAGCAAAAGUAUCCCAAAAAUAGUGGUGUCUUGAGUGAAUGUAAAUUCUCUGCAUUUCAUGGUCGUCAUGGCACAGGACCACAGACAGAAGGCAAGCAAGGAGCGCUCACCCUGCUUGCAGAUGACAUGAUUGAGAUGUUGCUUGUGGUUGCAUUAGAUGCUUGUGGAGAAGCAGAGGUCUAAUUGUAACUGUACCAGGGCUCUUAAAUAGCAUCCAUUUAGUCACCCAGACUUUGAGAGAAGUCUGUGUUUGGUUGUGAUGCUGGUAACCACUGCACCACAUUCCUCCUUAGGGGCCAGAAAAAGAAGCCAAGUUCUUAAAAGAAAUGAUUUCUCUACUGCCUUGCAAAGAGCAGCAUAAUCCGUGGGCUACGUAUCUGUGGUAGGGUUUUCAGGCUGGUCCAUGCACAGAAUAACAUCCUUCUGCUACCACAAAUUAUUCUCAUCGUCCACAUGGAAAGUGUCUGGGCUGUGGAUUGGCUAUUUUAGUAGUAAAAGCAGAAAGGCUCCUUGGAGCCCUGGUGAUUGACCAGGACCAUGUUACAUCGGGCACCAUAUGGGAAAUAACCUGUCCCUGCCAGCCCUAAGAGGUGAGGGCCCAGAGUUGCUGCUCUGUCAGCAGUGUGCCACGUGAUAGACUCUCUGCUUUUCCUUGUGGAUAGGUCUUCUUUAAAGCUUCAAAAAUAAAACAUACAUAGAAUCUGAUAAAAGACACUUUUAAGGUUGUAAAGGCUGAUGCUGGGAGUUCACCAGACCUGCAUGGGCAGCUGCAGCUUUAUUUUGUUCUCCUUUGUAUGUAUGUUACAGGGUCCUGCCAGAGAUUUCCCGAGAACCAAGUGUUUGUUUGAGGGAUUACUUAUGGAUGGCUCCGUGCCAGUGAAAAUAUCUGCUCCGAGCACAGCAACAAUCAAAAAAACAAACAAAGCAUUAAGAUAUACACUGAGCAGUAUAGGGAAGAUAUAAAAAUAGUUUAGUGUUUUGCUCUUGGAUGGAACAAUGUGGUCAGUGCCCAUACAGUGCUGGGGAGGAGGUUCAGAGAUCUCAGUUGUUCAGGGAGGACAACAAUUUUCAGAUAAGGGAAUGUGUCUUUUAUUGUUACAGUUUUCAACUUGACUGCAUGUGAGUAAAAAAAAGGCAAAAGGGAAUGGGGAAAGAAGAUGGAAUAAAAAUAUCCUUUGUAUUCCUUGUAACUUGAAGGAGAUAUUUCUGUUGAGUGGAUGAGUGGCUGCCUGGUGACUAACAGGGCUAAGA